CCCUGGAAUCGAGUCGUCGGGUCGGAGGGGUCGACAAAAAAGCAAGCUUGCGCUCCAUUUCGUCUCUUUGCUUCUCUCUCUCUCUCGAUCUCGCGAUCGAGCGAACGAGGGUCUCGUUUAGAGGGGAGGAAGAAGCGAUCGGAUCUCCAAGGAACAGGGGAAGUUGAGAAGAAACCACUAUCAUCAACACCAUGAAGGCUCUAAUUCUUGUUGGAGGGUUUGGUACCCGGCUAAGGCCUUUGACGCUUAGUCUCCCUAAGCCUCUUGUUGAUUUUGCAAAUAAACCCAUGAUCCUGCACCAGAUUGAGGCGUUGAAAGCUGUUGGAGUUACAGAGGUUGUGCUAGCCAUUAAUUACCAACCAGAGGUGAUGCUCAACUUUUUGAAGGAUUUUGAGAGCAAGCUUGGAAUCAAAAUCACCUGCUCCCAAGAGACUGAGCCGCUAGGAACGGCUGGCCCUCUGGCUCUGGCUCGAGACAAGCUUAUCGACAGCUCCGGCGAGCCUUUCUUUGUCCUCAACAGCGAUGUCAUUAGCGAAUACCCAUUUGCCGAACUCAUUGGAUUCCACAAAUCCCACGGCGGAGAGGCUACAAUUAUGGUAACCAAGGUUGAUGAGCCCUCGAAAUAUGGUGUCGUGGUUAUGGAGGAGGAAACUGGAAAGGUAGAUAGAUUUGUCGAAAAGCCGAAAGUAUUUGUGGGCAACAAGAUCAACGCGGGCAUUUACCUGUUGAACCCGUCGGUCCUCGACCGCAUUGAACUAAAGCCAACCUCGAUCGAAAAAGAGGUCUUCCCCAAAAUCGCGGCGGACCAAAAGCUUUAUGCCAUGGUCCUGCCAGGAUUCUGGAUGGAUAUUGGCCAGCCGAGAGACUACAUUACAGGCCUAAGGCUCUAUCUCGACUCCCUGAGAAAGAAAUCGCCUUAUAAACUAGCCGCCGGCCUGCACAUUGUGGGCAACGUGUUGGUUCACGAGAAUGCGGUCAUCGGGGAGGGGUGUUUGAUUGGUCCGGAUGUUGCGAUCGGACCGGGGUGUGUGGUUGAAUCUGGAGUUAGGUUGUCGAGGUGCACUGUGAUGCAAGGAGCCCGUAUUAAGAAGCACGCGUGCAUUUCUAGUAGCAUCAUCGGAUGGCAUUCGACAGUGGGGCAGUGGGCCCGCGUCGAGAACAUGACCAUUUUAGGUGAGGAUGUGCAUGUAGGAGAUGAGAUUUAUAGCAAUGGAGGUGUUGUUCUCCCCCACAAGGAGAUCAAAUCGAGCAUCUUGAAGCCCGAGAUCGUCAUGUGAGCCAUGAAGAUUAGAUUUGAUCCAAUAUAGUGUAGCAAAAAGAGCUACAUGUGGCUGUGUGCGCGCGCACGCGCGGGUGUGCUUGUGUUUCAUGCGGUUGGUUUAUUCCUUCGUUCCCUUGGCAAGUGUAAUCAGUUGGUUUUGUGUCUGUUAGCCGUGUGGAGGGUUAGAUAUGUUCAUGUCUGCUGCUGGUGUUGUUCGGUUGAUGUAAGUUUGGACAGAGUCUGUAGAUAGAAAAGUUAUUUUCUUUAAUACCUGUUCGUCUAAAAAUAUUUGCUUGAGUUGAUUCUUUAUCAGAGUACUCAGUAGUA